GGAGGAGAGCUCGGCAGCAUGGCCUCUCGGGCUAAGCGGAGGCGAGCGGUAGGGCCGCCCGAGUGCCGGGAGGAGGAAGGCGGCGGCGACACGGAGGACGACUCCUCGGAGGAGCCGGGGAGCGAGGAAGACAGUGAUGAUGACGACGACGAGGAGGAAGAGCUUAACCAGGAAGUAAAUAUUGAAUUUGAAGCUCAUUCAAUAUCUGAUAAUGAUAAGAAUGGAAUAAAGAAAUUACUGCAACAGCUGUUUCUAAAGGCUCCUGUUAGUACAGCUGAUCUGACUGAUAUAUUGAUACAACAAAAUCACAUUGGGAGUGUUAUUAAGCAAGCAGAACUUUUAGAGGAAAGUGAUGAUGAUGAUGAUCCUGAUGAGGUUUUUGGCUUCAUAAGCCUGCUGAACUUAACUGAAAGGAAGGGUACCGAAUGUGCUGAACAAAUUAAAGAGCUGGUUUUAAGCCAGUGUGAGAAGAACUGUGAACAGAGUAUGGUUGAACAGCUGGAUAAGCUCCUAAGUGACACCACCAAGCCUGUGGGCUUCCUACUAAGUGAAAGAUUCAUUAAUGUACCUCCCCAGAUCGCUCUGCCCAUGCACCAGCAACUGCAGAAAGAACUAAUUGAAGCUCAAAAAACAAACAAACCUUGUGGAAAAUGCUACUUCUAUCUUCUAAUUAGCAAAACUUUUACUAAUAAGAAGAGUAAUAUCAGAAAAAAGGGAAGCAGCAGCCACCAGAAAGAAGAACUGAUGUUUUCAAAUGCUGAGGAAGAAUUCUUUUAUGAGAAAUCGCUUCUGAAGUUCAGUUACUCAGUAGAAGAGGAAAGCGACUCAUGUUUGGGAGGCAGAUGGUCUUUUGAAGAUGUACCCAUGAAACCUUUACGAACUGUGAUGGUAAUCCCUGCUGACAGGAUGAAUGCCAUCAUGGAUAAACUCAAAGAAUAUCUUUCUGUCUGAACCACUCUCUGAGCUAACGGUUUUGUGAAGUCACCCUGUAAAAGUUAUUCGACUUUACAGUGGUGUCUAGAAAUUUUCCAUACCAAUUCUGCAUUAUUUCAGGAUCUCCUUUGUAUUCUCAUAAAAUACAUCACCUACACAACUUGUUCUUAUUGGCAGAGAACUGCCAUUUUGAAACAUCAGUGAUUACAAGUGCAAUAAAAAAACCCCUCAAAACAGUAAUCAUUUAAUAAUUGUUGAACACUUUUCUAACUAACUGUAGGUUGUUUCUGUGUUGCCAAAGAUAAUAACAAAAAACUCCUGCGAUUUUGUUCUGUUUUAAAAUCAUUUCUCAUGUCAUAUAAAAGCUGGUGUUGGGAAUAUAUUGUACAUAGAGGUUAUAUACUUCAACACAGUUUGGGAUAGCAAACUUAUUGAAUAAUGCAUUGCUGUUCGGCAGGUGUUUCAGGAUAUUUUUUAUAUUCUUUAUCUUUGCUGUUUGUUUUUUCUUCCUUGCCUGUUGUUGAAAUGGGUGAUAAAUGAUUGAUUUCUUCCUGCAGAAUAGCCUUGCUCUCACUGGCAGGCAGAUUACUAAAAUAGUAUUGAGGUGCCAGCUCCACAAAUCUGUUAAGAAACAGAAUAAACAAGUGAGGGUAUAUUUUUUUUAAGAAGGCAAUUUUUCAAUAUUUUCUAUGACUGUUUUAUGACUCAUGCAGCAAAUGCUUACAGGCAGGAACAUUUUGAUGCAUUAAAUAUAGAGCUGCAUAGCUGGAAUCGGUUCCAAAUUAUAUAUUCCAGGUAAAGUGUACAUAUAAGAUUAUACAGUUUCUUUACAAAUUAAUAUGUUCCGUUUGUCCUUGGAGUGCUAGUAGUUGGUUUCCAGGUGUUGCAAACUGCAAUCAAAAUAUAACAUAGUCCUGGAUACGAGUAUACCCUUUGCAAAUUCUACCUGAAGCUUCAAUGCAUAACCUAUUUAAAUUAAGGGAAACUGUAGAAGGGCACAAUUUUUAUCUAUUUUAGUAGUUUGGGGAAAAGGAAUGGUUUCCUGCUACUAUGUGCAUUAUAGCAUUUCAAAUAAAUUCAGUCAUCGCUAGCCACACAUGUGUGGAAUUAUUAGUUGUUCAUGCUCCUGAUUCAAUAUAUAACAUGAAUUUUGUUUAACUUUGAUUUCACAUCUGUGUAUUGGUUCUGUGUGCCAGGACACAGAGGAAUAGAUAUGCUCAGGGUUAACUUGUCCAUUAAUUUCAUACUAGUCUUAACAUUGUCUAUCACCCAUUUUCUUCAGUCUAUCUUACUAAAAGGGGGAUUGCAUUGUAUCAGUUUGAACUUACUACCUGCUUGAGCAGGUACAUCAGACCAAGUAGUGACAUAGGACUGAAAUAGCUGAAGGCUAAACAUUUCAUUUUUAAAUUUCUAAUUAAAACUUUACUCCCUUA